AACUUUUAAAUAAAUCUGAUCACAGCCAUUGGCCAUUGAUGCAUGAUUGAAAUGAAAAAAAAAAUGUUAUAUGGAUGAAAUAAAAUGAAAAUACUGAUUGAACUCCUGAAAUAUUUGAAGAAAGAAUAGAAUUAUUGAUGAAAGAAGAAAUUUAGGUAUAUGGAUGUUUGUAAAAGGUAUGGUUUGAUAAUUGUUAAUAAUGUGAAUGGGAAUAAGUCAAGAACAAAUACAUAAAACAAGAAUAAUGGUAAAAAUACUUAUAGAAACAAGGAAAAGGAAAAAUAUAGACAAUGCAAGAAACUUAAAUUUAUAAGACGAAAAACGAAUAAUAUUGAAAUAAACCAUAAACAGUAAGAAUAUAGAUAAUAGAUAAAUGACUCAAGGGAUGAGUUGAACUCAGAUUCUCUUGAUUGAGACCCUUGAUCAUAUUAAAUAAAUUUUAAAACAUAAUGAGCUGGCCAAAUAGCUUGUAAAUAAGCUAAAGGCCAUUACCCCUGAACACAGUGCUUCUGUGUUCAGAUUGAAUGAAGAAGAAGAACUUUGUGUCGUUUGUUCUGUGGUUCAAACGUAAUCAAACCCCUGUUCUGUCCCCUAUAGACCCUAGGGUCAAAACGAUAAAUAAUGCCGAUUAAAAAUGCAGAUGAACCAAUGGAAAUUGUUUUUACUGAUGAUGAUUUACCCUAUGAAGAGGAAAUAUUAAGAAACCCAUACUCAGUUAAACAUUGGUUGCGUUACAUAGAUCAUAAGAAAAAGUCUCCCAAACAUGGCGUUAAUAUAAUUUAUGAAAGGGCUUUAAAAGAAUUGCCAGGUUCUUAUAAAUUAUGGUAUAACUACUUGAGGACUCGUAGAAAGCAGGUUAAGCCUCGUUGCCUGACAGACCCUUUGUAUGAAGAAGUAAAUAAUGCAUUUGAAAGAGCUUUAGUAUUUAUGCACAAAAUGCCAAGAAUAUGGAUGGAUUAUUGUACAUUUUUAACAGACCAAGGAAAAAUAAGUAGAACUCGAAAGGUAUUUGACAGAGCUCUACGCGCCUUACCAGUGACCCAGCAUCAUAGGAUUUGGCCUCUUUAUUUGGGUUUUAUUAAGAAACAUGACAUUCCUGAAACUGCUGUUAGGGUGUUUAGAAGAUAUUUGAAAUUAUCCCCAGAAAAUGCAGAAGAAUAUGUAGAGUAUUUAACUGAGAUAGGGAGGCUGGAUGAGUCUUCAUUGGUAUUGGCCAAAAUCGUUAAUGAUGAAAAUUUUUUUUCUCAGCAAGGAAAAUCCAAACAUCAGCUUUGGAAUGAAUUAUGUGAACUAAUUUCCAAAAACCCUGAUGAAGUAAGAUCUCUUAAUGUAGAUGCUAUUAUAAGAGGUGGUUUGAGAAGGUACACAGAUCAGCUGGGACAUUUGUGGAAUUCCCUGGCUAAUUACUAUGUUAGGAGUGGAUUAUUUGAUAGAGCACGGGAUAUUUAUGAAGAAGCCAUUCAAACUGUAUCUACAGUACGUGAUUUUACUCAGGUAUUUGAUGCCUAUGCACAAUUUGAAGAAUUAAGUUUGAGUAAAAGGAUGGAAGAAAUAGCCAAACUUUCAAGUCCUUCUGAAGGUGAUGAUAUUGAUUUGGAGUUAAGGCUAGCGCGAUUUGAAAAUUUAAUGGAAAGAAGGUUAUUACUUUUAAAUUCAGUUUUAUUAAGGCAGAACCCACACAAUGUUCAGGAAUGGCAUAAAAGAGUGCAGUUGUAUGAAGGAAAACCCCAUGAAAUUAUUAAUACUUAUACUGAAGCAGUACAAACAGUUGACCCAAAAUUGGCUGUUGGGAAACUACACACAUUAUGGGUUGAGUUUGCAAAAUUUUAUGAAAGCAAUGUCCAAAUUGAUGAUGCAAGAUUGAUUUUUGAAAAGGGGACCCAAGUUCCCUAUGUAAAAGUAGAUGAUUUAGCAAAUGUGUGGUGCGAAUGGACUGAAAUGGAAAUUCGUAAUGAAAAUUAUGAUGAUGCAUUAAAGUUAAUGCACAAGGCAACAGUAAUGCCAGCUAAAAAAGUAGCUUACCAUGAUGACACAGAGUCUGUGCAAGCAAGACUGUAUAAAUCUUUAAAAGUUUGGUCUAUGUAUGCUGAUUUGGAAGAAAGUUUUGGAACCUAUAAAUCCUGUAAGGCUGUUUAUGACAGAAUUAUUGAUUUAAAAAUUGCCACUCCACAAAUCAUUAUUAAUUAUGGGGUAUUUUUGGAAGAAAAUAACUAUUUUGAGGAAGCAUUUCGCGCUUAUGAAAAAGGUAUAUCAUUGUUUAAAUGGCCAAAUGUUUAUGAUAUUUGGAAUACAUAUUUGACAAAGUUUUUGAAAAGAUAUGGUGGUAGUAAGUUGGAGAGAGCGCGCGAUUUGUUUGAACAAUGCCUUGAAAAUUGUCCAGCACAAUUUGCCAAAACGCUAUAUUUACUGUAUGCAAAAUUGGAAGAAGAACAUGGUAUGGCAAGGCAUGCUAUGGCAGUUUAUGAAAGGGCAACAAAUGCUGUCCUUCCUGAAGAAAUGUUUGAAGUAUUUAAUAUUUAUAUUAAAAGAGCAGCAGAAAUUUAUGGAAUACCCAAAACAAGGCAGAUUUAUGAAAAGGCUAUUGAGGUUUUGCCAGAAGACAGAACAAGAGAAAUGUGUAUACGAUUUUCAGAUAUGGAAACAAAGUUGGGCGAAAUAGAUAGGGCUAGAGCCAUUUAUGCUCAUUGCAGUCAAAUUUGUGAUCCAAGGGUUACCACUGAAUUCUGGCAGAUAUGGAAAGAAUUUGAGGUUCGCCAUGGAAAUGAAGAUACAAUGAGAGAAAUGUUAAGGAUUAAACGAAGUAUACAAGCCAUGUAUAACACGCAAGUCAAUAUGAUGUCAGCACAAAUGUUAAGCUCUUCAAGUAGUGUGUCUGGAACAGUUGCUGAUUUAGCUCCAGGUGUAAAGGAUGGAAUGAGGCUUUUAGAGGCAAAGGCUGUUGAAAUGACAGGGUCAUCUGCUGGUUCCAGACCUGGAAACAUAAUGUUUGUGAGGGGUGAAACCCAAGGCAAUCACAAAGAUAAGGUUAUCAAUCCUGAUGAAAUUGAUAUAGGCAAUGAAGAUGAUGAAGACAAUGAUGAUGAAAAGGAAGCUGAAGAAAUACCAGUUGAAAAGCAAAGUAUCCCAUUAGAAGUUUUUGGAAGUUUAAAAAACAAAAGUAAAGAAAAUUAGGGUUUAUAAAAUAAAAACUAAAAAUUUUAGUCUUGUCAACAAUUCAACUUAAUAAAAAUGAGAAGUUCGUUGCUUGUUAAUUUUAUAAUUUUAAAACCUUAAAAUAAAAC